AACGGGGGCGGUGCUGCCAGGCCGGAAGUGACGUGAUUCGCUUGGCUGGCCCCGCAGUCUGUUGUGGCGGUUGAGCCAGCUGAGGGUAAGAUGGCUCAGUUCUUGGCGGCUGCGGCGGCUCCGGUUGCAGUGGAGGCAGAAACUCAGGCAGCGUGAGGCUUUGCUAUUUUGGAAGCUAUAAGAGAAAAUAGACUAGAGGAAGAUUUGGUCUUCUCAGUGGACAUGGCUCAGAUAUCCAACAACAAUGGAUUUAAACAGUGUUCAUCUAACCAUUUGGAACCAACAAGAACAAAAGAAGUGGACAAAGAAGAAGCAUUACAGAUGGAAGCAGAGGCAUUAGCAAAACUGCAAAAGGAUAGGCAAGUGAUUGAUAAUCAGAGAGGCUUUGAGUUGUCAAGCAGCACCAGACAAAAAGCACAAGUUUUAAACAAACAGGAUUAUGAUCUUAUGGUGUUUCCUGAAUCAGAGUCUCACAAGAAAGCAGUUGAUAUUGAUGUAGAAAAGCUCACCCAAGCUGAACUUGAGAAAUUAUUAUUGGAUGAUGGUUUUGAAACUAGAAAAACACCUGUUUUGCCAGUUACUCCUGUUCUGAGCCCUUCAUUUUCAGCACAGCUCUAUCUUAGACCUACUAUUCAGAGAGGACAGUGGCCACCUGGACCUUCCACUUAUACUACUAUUUAUCCUUCAACUUACAGUAAACAGGCUGCAUUCCAGAAUGGCUUCAGUCCAAGAAUGCCCACUUUUCCAUCUGCUGAGCCUAUAUAUUUAAGACUUCCAGGUCAGUCUCCGUAUUUUUCAUAUCCUUUGACACCAGCCACAACCUUUCAUCCACAAGGAAGUUUACCAAUCUAUCGUCCAGUAGUCAAUCCUGAUAUGGCAAAACUAUUUGACAAAAUAGCUAGUACAUCAGAAUUUUUAAAAAAUGGGAAAGCAAGGACUGAUUUGGAGAUAACAAAUUCAAAAGCUGCAGUCAACAAUCUACAGGGUUCUCCAAAGUCUGAGGAUAUUAGUAAAUUUGACUGGCUAGACUUGGAUCCUCUAAGUAAGCCAAAGGUGGACAAUGUGGAAGUAUUAGACCAUGAAGAAGACAAACAUGUUCCGAGUUUGCUAGCAGAGGAUCCUUGGGAUGCUGUUCUUCUAGGAGUGAGAUCACCAGCAAGUUGUCACCUAGAAAGAAAGGUGACUGGAAAGUCUGUUUCUGGGGCAACAGUAACAAGAAGCCAGUCUUUAAAUAUUCGAACAACUCAACUUAUGAAAGUUCAGGGCCAAAUAUCUCAGAAAGACUCAAAUGGGACCAGUAGUUUGCCAACUGGAAGUUCUCUUCUACAAGAAAUUGAAGUACAGAAUGAGGAAGUGGCAGCUUUUUGUCAAUCCAUUGCAAAAUUGAAGACCAAAUUUCCAUACUCCAAUCAUUGUACAAAUCCAGGCUAUUUGUUAAGUCCAGUCACAAUGCAAAGAAAUAUAUGUGGAGAAAAUGCUAGCGUGAAGGUCUCCAUUGAAAUUGAAGGAUUUCAACUACCUGUUACUUUCACAUGUGAUGUGAGUUCCACAGUAGAAAUCAUUAUAAUGCAAGCCCUUUGCUGGGUUCAUGAUGACUUGAAUGAAGUAGAUGUUGGCAGCUACGUCCUGAAAGUUUGUGGUCAAGAAGAGGUGCUACAGAACAACCAUUGCCUUGGAAGUCAUGAACAUAUCCAAAACUGUCGAAAAUGGGAUACAGAGAUUAAAUUACAACUCUUGACCUUUAGCGCAAUGUGCCAGAAUCUAGCCCGAACAGCAGAAGAUGAUGAAACACCUGUGGAUUUAAACAAAUACCUGUAUCAAAUAGAAAAACCAUACAAAGAAGUCAUGACAAGAUACCCUGUUGAAGAACUCUUGGAUUCUUACCACAGCCAAGUAGAACUGGCUCUUCAAACUGAAAACCAGUACCGAGCUGUAGAUCAAGUAAUUAAAGCUGUAAGAAAAAUCUGCAGUGCUUUAGAUGGUGUAGAAACUCCUGCGAUUACAGAAGCAGUAAAGAAGCUAAAGAGAGCAGUUAACCUUCCAAGGAGUAAAAGUGCUGAUGUGACUUCAUUAUCUGGAGGGGAUACGAGCAAAUGCUCAACUGGAGGCUCCCUGAAUCUUGAAAAUCCUGUUCAAGUGAGCAUGGACCAAUUAACUACAGCAAUUUAUGAUCUUCUCAGACUCCAUGCAAAUUCUAGUAGGACUCCUGAAGACUGUACUCACAAUAGUAGGAACAUCAAAGAAGCGUGGACUAGCACAGAACAGCUCCAGUUUACUAUUUUUGCUGCACAUGGAAUUUCGAGUAACUGGAUAUCAAAUUACGAAAAAUACUACUUGAUAUGUUCCCUGUCUCACAAUGGAAAGGACCUUUUUAAACCUAUUCAAUCAAAGAAGGUCGGCACUUACAAGAACUUCUUCUCCUAUCUUAUUAAAUGGGAUGAACUAAUUAUUUUUCCCAUCCAGAUAUCACAAUUGCCAUUAGAAUCACUUCUUCAUCUUACUCUUUUUGGAAUUUUAAAUCAGAGCAGUGGAAGUUCCCCUGAUUCUAAUAAGCAGAGAAAGGGGCCAGAAGCUUUGGGCAGAGUUUCUUUGCCUCUUUUUGACUUUAGACGGUUUUUAACAUAUGGAACUAAACUUCUAUAUCUUUGGACUUCAUCACAUACAAAUACUAGUCCUGGAACAAUCUCCAAAAAAGGAUAUGUCAAGGAAAAAAUAGUACUGCAGGUUGAUUUUCCUUCUCCUACAUUUGAUAUUAUUUACACAACUCCUCAAGUUGACAAAAGCAUUAUACAGCAGUACAAUUUAGAAACACUGGAAAAUGAUAAAAAAGAAAAACUUCUUGAUAUUCUUCACCGAGACUCAUCACUUGGGCUUUCUAAAGAAGAUAUGGCCUUUUUGUGGGAGAAACGUCAUUACUGCUUCAGACACCCAAAUUGUCUUCCUAAAAUACUAGCAAGUGCCCCAAACUGGAAAUGGGUUAAUCUUGCCAAAACUUACUCCUUGCUUCACCAGUGGCUGCCAUUACAUCCAUUGGCUGCAUUGGAGCUUCUUGAUUCAAAAUUUGCUGAUCAGGAAGUGAGAUCCCUAGCUGUGACUUGGAUUGAAGCCAUUAGUGAUGAUGAGCUAACAGAUCUCCUUCCACAGUUUGUGCAAGCUUUGAAAUAUGAAAUUUACUUGAAUAGUUCAUUAGUACAUUUCCUUCUGUCCAGAGCAUUGGGAAAUAUCCAAAUAGCACACAAUUUAUAUUGGCUUCUCAAGGAUGCCCUGCAUGAUACACAGUUUGGUACCCAAUAUGAACAUGUGUUGGGUGCUCUGCUCUCAGGAGCAGGAAAAGGACUCAGAGAAGAACUUUCUAAGCAGACAAAACUUGUACAGCUAUUAGGAGCAGUAGCGGAAAAAGUCAAGCAGGCUAGUGGAUCAGCCAGACAGGUUGUCCUCCAAAGGAAUAUGGAAAGAGUACAGUCCUUUUUUUUGAGAAAUAAAUGCCGUCUCCCUCUCAAGCCAAGUCUAGUGGCAAAAGAGUUAAAUAUUAAGUCCUGUUCCUUCUUCAGUUCUAAUGCCGUGCCCCUGAAAAUCACCAUGGUAAAUGCUGAUCCUAUGGGGGAAGAGAUUAAUGUCAUGUUUAAGGUUGGUGAAGAUCUUCGGCAAGAUAUGUUGGCUUUACAGAUGAUAAAGAUUAUGGAUAAGAUAUGGCUUAAAGAAGGCCUAGAUUUAAGGAUGGUAAUUUUCAAAUGUCUCUCAACUGGCAGAGAUCGAGGCAUGGUGGAGCUAGUUCCUGCUUCAGAUACUCUCAGGAAAAUCCAAGUGGAAUAUGGUGUGACUGGAUCCUUUAAAGAUAAACCUCUUGCUGAGUGGCUGAGGAAAUACAAUCCUUCUGAAGAAGAAUAUGAGAAGGCUUCAGAGAAUUUUAUCUAUUCUUGUGCUGGAUGCUGUGUAGCCACCUAUGUUUUAGGCAUUUGUGAUCGACACAAUGACAAUAUAAUGCUUCGAAGUACAGGACAUAUGUUCCAUAUUGACUUCGGAAAGUUUUUGGGCCAUGCACAGAUGUUUGGUAGCUUUAAAAGGGAUCGGGCUCCUUUUGUGCUUACCUCUGAUAUGGCAUAUGUCAUUAAUGGGGGUGAAAAGCCCACCAUUCGUUUCCAGUUGUUUGUGGACCUCUGCUGUCAGGCCUACAACUUGAUAAGAAAGCAAACAAACCUUUUUCUUAACCUCCUUUCACUGAUGAUUCCUUCAGGAUUACCAGAACUUACAAGUAUUCAAGACCUGAAAUAUGUUAGAGAUGCACUUCAGCCCCAGACUACAGAUGCAGAAGCUACAAUUUUCUUUACUAGGCUGAUUGAAUCCAGUUUGGGAAGCAUUGCCACAAAGUUUAACUUUUUCAUUCACAACCUUGCUCAGCUGCGUUUUUCCGGUCUUCCAUCUAAUGAUGAGCCCAUCCUUUCAUUUUCACCCAAAACAUAUUCCUUUAAACAAGAUGGUCGAAUCAAGGAAGUCUCUGUUUUCACAUACCAUAAGAAAUACAACCCAGAUAAACAUUAUAUUUAUGUGGUCCGAAUUUUGAGAGAAGGACAAUUUGAACCAUCAUUUGUGUUUCGGACAUUUGAUGAAUUUCAGGAACUUCACAACAAGCUCAGCAUUAUUUUUCCACUUUGGAAAUUACCUGGCUUUCCUAAUAAGAUGGUUCUAGGAAGAACACACAUAAAAGAUGUAGCAGCCAAAAGAAAAAUUGAGUUAAACAAUUAUUUACAGAACCUGAUGAGAGCUUCAACAGAAGUAGCAGAGUGUGAUCUUGUUUGUACUUUUUUCCAUCCUUUACUUCGUGAUGAAAAAGCUGAAGGAAUAGCGAGGUCUGCAGGUGCAGGUCUCUUCAGUCCUACUCCAGGCCAAGUGGGAGGAGCAGUGAAAUUAUCUAUCUCUUACCGCAACAGUACUCUCUUCAUCAUGGUGAUGCACAUCAAGGAUCUUGUCACUGAAGAUGGGGCUGACCCAAAUCCAUAUGUCAAAACAUACCUACUUCCAGAUACCCACAAAACAUCCAAACGGAAAACAAAAGUUUCACGGAAAACUAGGAAUCCAACAUUCAAUGAAAUGCUUGUGUACAGUGGAUAUAGCAAAGAAACCCUAAGACAGAGGGAACUUCAGCUAAGUGUACUCAGUGCAGAAUCUCUGCGGGAAAACUUUUUCUUGGGUGGAAUAACCCUACCUUUGAAAGAUUUCAACUUGAGCAAAGAGACAGUUAAGUGGUAUCAGCUGACUGCAGCAACUUACUUGUAAACCAGUUUUUGAGCUUUGGAAGCAAGAACAGUUAUAAAUUUGUGUACACAUGUACGUACACACACAUUUGUGAACUUUGUACAGUAUUUUUAAUACUUGGGCAGAAAUUAUAAAGUUAAAUAUAUUCAUUGCAUUUCAGUACAUCUGUAGGACCAGCAGUCACGUAACUUUUAUAAAUUUUGGAAAGCCGUUGAUAUUUUAAAAUCAUUAUAUUGAAUUCUAUAAACCCUAAACUUAAUAUAUAAGUCCUAAAAAAGACUGAAGUAGUACUACAUCAGUUUGGCCACCUAGUUUUGAUUGUUUCUUAUACCGACAUCAUGUAUUUGUUUUCCUUUUAUGCACCUUUUAAAGCCUUUACCACUGUGUAUGUUCACAACCACCAAAGUAAAGAAAAAAUGCAGAAUUUUACCAUAAAACACAGCUGCUAUUCACUGGGCUGAAAAGCAAAGCACAAAUAGUAGAUAGCUAUGUUAAAAACUACUAAGUAGUUUAUAAAAGUAGGGGGAGAUACUGUUUUUUAUUAUUAAAAGCCUUUUCCAGAGUAAGUGCCAAUCACUGAAGUUGUAAAUAAUAGUGCCUUAUUUGAUAUGCUUCCUUGGCACUUGAUUUCUGACUUUUUUUUCCUCACUUGAUAAAUAGUAGUUUUCAUUUACUUUCAGUUUACUGAGGAUAAAGAUUUUGUUCAUUUACUAAUUUUUUCCCACAAAAAUUUUUUUCUCCAUUAGUGAUAUUAUUUUAACAUCAAGCUAUUUAAGGUGUUUUUGUUUUUUUUUUUAUCCCUUCAGUAACUGAAUGAGAUUCACUGAAUCAUUGCAUACAAUUCUUUCAUUCCAUUAUACUUCUCCAUUUAUUCCCAGGGCGUGAGUUGAAAUUGGGUAAUUUCAUGUGCGUAUGUUUAUACUUUAUUCCCUUAUUAAACAAGUGAAAAUCGUUCAUUCUGUACCCAUUCCUGCUUGCUAUAACCUCCAAGAGUAGAGGAGACUCUUCAGAAGAGGCCACCAACAGGGCCUAUUGCAGUGAUGACGAACCUUUUAGACCUUUCAGUGAUACAAACAGCCCACUUCAGCACCUGUGCUGUAGGUUUGCCACACUAGCCCAUAGGGUCCAGACUGAUUUGGGGAGAAGAGGAUGCUUAGGGAUGGAAGCCAGGUUUUUUGCCCUGGGCCUAACCACUACCACUCCUGAGUUUUGUUUUUGUUUCUGUUUUUUCUCUUUGAGUCAGCAAGUUGCUGAAGUGCCCAGGUUGGGCUUGAACUUGGGAUACUCCUCCCUCAUCCUCCCAGGGUGCUGGGAUUAUAGGCAUGUACUACCAUGCUCAAUUCAGACUGAAUUUUAAUAUAGACUUCUUUAUUAAACUUUUAUAUUAAAAUGAUAUUAAUAUAGACCUUAUGGAAGUUUGUGUUAUAAACUCUUGUACAUUCAUGUGAAAGAAUUAUUUUCCAUAAUACAGCAAAAUUCAGAAUCAGAGGAUUGAAAUUAUUAUACAGUAACCAUUAAGAAAAGAUUCAUUUUUAUUACUUAUUCAAUUUCUGGCAUAACUGUCUUUAGAUAAAUUACGUAUAUGUAUAUGUAUAGAAUAAUCUUAAUGGUUACAGUAGACAUUCAGAUACUUUUGAAAAUGAUAAUAGAAAUAUAGCAAUUUGGUUUUUGCAAGAAAACUAAAAAAAUAGCAAUGAAGUACUCUUUCAUGCUCUUCAUGAAAGAAAAAGGACAAUCUCCAGUUCAGUUGACCAGAACAGAAUUUUUAUGAACUGUGCACAUGUUUAAUAUAAUGAUACCUGCAAAACAAAAAUAAAAGACUUGAGAAUUUGUCUGUGUAACAGGUUUUAAGAAAACAAACUUGAAAUUUUUGGUGCCUAACACUAAAUGGUCCAUUUGUAGGAAAACCCAUAAUUAUAAUGAAUGUUUUUUUUAAUGUUCAAAUGUAUUGUCUAUUUAAUGUUAAUUAAAAUGCAGAUUAAAGCAUCACUGUUUGCUUUUUCCAGUUAACUUUUCCUCAGUGUAUGUAAAUAGCUUUGCAAAUGUAAAGUUAGCACUAAAAAAUUUCACUUAAGCUUUUGAAAUCUGAUUCCAUUCCAUGAGAUGUCACUUAGCCAUUGUUAAAAAGUCUUGUUAAAAGUCAUUGUUAAUUGUCUCAAAUGGGCUGCAUUUUUGCAGUCUUUUAUAGCAGUGUCUUUUAGCAGAAAUAAUAGAGCUAGAAAAUUUGCUUUCACGUGUCAGUUACAAGAAGUCUAGAUUCGGGGCUGGGGAUUUAGCUCAGUGGCAUAAGCACCUGCCUUGCAAGCAGGCAGUCGUGAGUUCGAUCCCCGGUACCGAUAAAAAGGAAAAAGACAAAAAAAAAAAAAAAAAAAAAAGAAGUCUAGAUUCAUAUCUAAAAUGCAUAUUUAACACUGUAUAAUUAACAAGAACUCAGAACAAAUGAUAAUGUUUCUUCAUUUGAACUCCUUUUGUGCCUUCUUUGGUCACUAAAACAAAUAUUUUAUUUUAAUAUGUUAUUUAUUUGUGAAAUGCUAAUCUUCAGCCCAUACCAAAACACAAAAAAGGAGAGGAGCCUCUUUGCACUAUUAUCACGAUCAGUCAAUUCUAAAUCAGUUGAAUUUCUAAACAUUUUUUACAGCUUAUCUUAAAUCCAAAAAAUAAGUCUGAUAAUGAUGACUUUUAUGUAAUCACAAUAUUGUAUACCUAUCUUUAUUGAGUAAAAAUAAUACUACAUGUAAGUCCUGAAUCAGAAGGAAUCUUCCUUCCUGCCCAUGUUUGAGACCAACAGGUGUGGGUUGUCCCAGAAACUGUGUGCUUCCAGCUGUGGGACCCAGGCCAGGACAGCCACUGUGCCUCUCUAUUCCUCUGCACUUGAAGGCACCUCAGAGUCAGAGAGGCAUGGUUUUGAUAAAGUCCUCCUUUCUUCAUUGGAAGUUUUGUGAAAGUUUCAAAAUCUGCCUUAAAUUGUUUGAACUAUUCUUUUAGGAUUUGAGUAAUGUGGCAUUUUACAAAGAAAAUGUUCACUUUUGAUAAACUUUAGAUGAGAAAGGAUUGAAGCCCCACUAUAAUAAUGUAUAGGUUUACUCACAUACUGUUUUACUAGCAGCACAAAUAUGAAUAACUAGUCACAUCUAUAAGAACCAAAUACUUUAAUUAGGAUAGUGAUUAAAGAUGUAUAAUAUUUUUAUUAAUACUUUGAAUAUGUUUCAGUGGAUUGAAUGUGACUUCAUAACUGUACUAUGAUUGUAUUAUUUCUGGAAUAAAGGAACUCUGCUAUCA